AUGGAUGGUUAUGACCCUCUCGCAAUGCCUUACUUGCACAGUCCAAUACCCUUCGGGGGAGGCAAUCUGCAAAAUCUCGACUAUAUGAGUGUUCCGUCGGUGAUGGAUUUGCAAGAUCAAUACUCCAACUUCGACUCGGAGCCAUAUAUGAGUGGCGACGAGCUCAGUUUCGCACCUUCGAGUAACCUGCAACAUCCUGCCAUGCUGAAGCGGUACUCAUCCAACUUCGAAGAUCCCUUUGCCGAAAGCACAUUGUCUCAGUUCGAGCGGGUGCCCACCGAGGGGCUGCCCGAGAGUCCCUCAAUCGACCGCGACAGCAAAUAUCUCAGUUUCUCGAUGCCACAAUACAACUUUACACUCCUGGACGACUCAUUCCGUCGGUCGUCGGUCAACAUCAAUGCCCAGCUGCACGGCAUGUUCUUCUUGGCCGAGUCCCAAUGGCCGGCCACCGCCGACACUCCCCCUCCCCCUCCUGAACUGACAUGUUAUCGGCGCAACCUAUUUCAAAUCACCGGCUCGGUGACGCUCCCUCGAAAUCUAAGAUAUGUCUUCACUGAUGACGGGUCUAGAAUCCCCAUCUAUGAGUUGGAAUUGGCCGUAUCAGCCACGGAAUCCGUUGAAGGCAACUCGGUCAAGAUCAUCUCAGUGCCGUGGAAGACACCGGCGUCGGGCGAAGCACCCAAGCCAGAAGAUAAGGUAGAGAAAGAGCCUCCCACAAUUCCCUUGGACAAGAUGACUGGACAAGAUCUGGACACGGACUUUACGACGUUUCCCAUUCAAUGGAAAAGGUUGCAAUUCCGGAUAGCCACAGCCAAUAAUGGUAGACGAAAAGAACUGCAGCAACACUUCACGCUACACCUAAAGAUCAUGGCAUCCUUAUCGACAGGCGGCAAGAUCUCCAUUGCUGAAGCGCACUCGGGGGCUGUCAUUGUCCGAGGCCGGAGCCCGCGCAACUUUGCAGCACGGAAAGAUUUACCUCUGAGCAGCAGUUCGACAGCUCGUAAGCAUCUUCCGGCGACAUCCCGGGUCACGAACAGUCAAACCUCCGUUCCGCAAGUCACUUCAGCCCCCAAGAUCAAGACCCCGUCGGAGGAGACAGCCCAGAUGACUGGUUUCGAUGGUAUUGACGUGAAGCCCACGGAUAUCGACGGCACCAACUGGGUAUCACAAGGUGUCCAAGAUUCUCUUGCCACUCCCUACUCAACAGCUAUAAAUCCUCCCAUACCAGCGUUUCCAGAAGGCACCCCUGAUCUCGGAACGCCGGGCACAUUCCCCUUUACGUUCCCUCAAGAGAUGGCGCCUGGAAGCCGGCCGAUGAGCUUACAUUUCGGGAGUGAUGAUGAGGGAGGGAGUCCUCACCCACCGCAACAAGGAUCACGACAUUCAUCUCGGCCUCCCACGUCGAAUCCUUCACCGUCCCUGGUCAACAAAGGUCCAUCGGGGACAUAUACAAGCAAUCCCGGCACCUCGCCCGGGCAACUUGCCAACCAAAUGGGCCCACGACCUAGAGUACACUCACACCAAGUAUCAAUGACCAGUGUUCCGGGCUCGAUAGCCACGAUGAACGGGCAAGGGUCGAUGGCCGCUGGGCCUCAUAGACCGGAGCUGCUUGCGACCAAAUCAAACCUGCCAUUCCCGGCCGAGGGCGAGAGUGCGGAUCAACUCUACGAAUACUUUCCAUUAGGCCUGGAUGACUGGAUGCCACCCGUGGAUGCGGUCUUCCGCCCACACGUAGUACACCACAGCGGACCGUUACCGCCUGACCCCAGAUCUCCUGGAAGACACACGAGUAAACGCUACUUUUCGGAAGUUGUCUAG